GCGAACCGCGGCUUUACAAAAUUUCUCUCUCUUCCUCUUCUUCCACUUUCUAAAUUGAAAAACACUUUUUCUCUUUAAAACCCAGAAAAGAUGGCGGCUUCUUCUGCUGCAAGAAAGUCAAGCGGACCAGUCCUAAGGUCUCAAUCUCCUGCUGGAAGAUUCUAUGGAGGUUCCAAUACGUUGUCGUCUUCUUCAGGCUUCGCUUCUUCAUCUUCCAGCAGUUUCACCUCUCGAAGCUUCCUUCAACGCUCAGCUUCUCCCACACGCGUAAACAUGUACUCCACCGCCUCAUCGCCGUCCGCAGCAGUCCGAUUCAAUUCCGGUUCAAUUUCACCGAGCCGUUCGAUUUCAACUCAAUCGGUGCGACGUCAACCGGCAACGGCGACAACAGGUCAGAAGAAGAGCUGUAUGUGUUCGCCGACAAAUCAUCCCGGUUCUUUUCGGUGUAGCCUUCACAAAAAUUCUCCGAACCGGAAUGUUUCGGUUCAGCCGUACCAGUCGAACCGGCUUUAUGCUCGACGGUCCGCGAUGACGAACUCGCUUGUAAGAAUCGGAACUGUUGAAGGUGAUUUGGUGAGACGAGCUUUGGCUUCUUUGAUUCGUCCUUCUUCGCAUCAGCAGAAGAGAAGAGGCGAUUUUCAGCCGAGAAAAAGCAGGUUAUCAAUGGUGUCGACAAAUUGAAAUUCGCAGUGAGUUAGGGUUUUAUAUAUUUUUGAAAAAAUUGGGGGAAUUUUCUCUGUGAUUGAAGAAUUUGUGAUUCCGGCGGUCGAAGAUUACGCCAGAAGAAAAAUUCAAGACGGACAUUGAACAAAUUGAGAAAAUCUGUGUAUAUAGUAUGGUAUAAUGACAGUAUAAUUACAGUAUGAUCGAAUUAUGAAAUAAUCAUCAAGAAUUUGGGGACAGUAGAACAAGGACUCCUUUAAUUUAGCGCAAAUAACUUCAAAUUUGACAUAUUCAAUCAGAUUCAAUCAUCGAUUGAUAAAUUUGGUUAAGUCAGCAAUGGUGCUAUUACGCCGUCGUUAA